CUGCUGCGGGGCCUCACCGCGGACCUGAUACGGCACGAACGUAUCACUACCACCCUGGCGAAGGCCAAGGAAACCCGCGUGAUGGCCGAAAAGAUCAUUACCCACGGGAAAAAGGGAACCCUGCACAACCGGCGGACCGCCCUGAGCAGACUUCCUCAGAAGGAUGUCGUGGCCAAGGUGUUUGACGAACUCGGCCCCCGUUACGCUGAACGACCCGGCGGCUACACCCGCAUCAUCAAGCUGGGACCCCGCCAGGGCGACGGCGCGUCGAUGGCCGUUAUUGAACUCGUGUAG